UCGUAUAAAGACACCGCGAGUCCGCGACCUCGUCGUCGCUUCCCCAAGCCGCCCCCUUCCUCCCCCGAUCCCGCCGCCGCCGCCGCCCUCGCCCCGUCCCUCCUCGCCGUUGACCGCCUCCCGCCGCGGCAUUCUCCGCGCCGCGCCUCGGUCCAGAUCCAGGGCCUGAGAGGGAGGGAGGGCGGAACGAGCCUGCCUCCGUUGCGGCGCAUCUCAUGGGUGAAGAGGCUGUUGAGUUCAGCGUGGAGAAGGUCGCGGUGGAUGCCAAACAGAGUGCCGUGGACGUCGGUGGUAAGACGUAUGUUAUCGGCAGAUCAGAUGAUGACUCCAAGCCAUCCAUUAUUGUAAAAAUUCUGGACAAACUAACUCAGACAUGGGUUGUACCCACAGUACUUGGGACACAGCCUACUCUGACCAAGUCACAGUCUGCUGUUCCAGUAAAUGAUGAGAAGAUAUUGAUUAUUGAGAAGGGUGUUCCCUUGAAUGAGUCCAUCUGGUUCCUUGAGAUAGACACCCCCUUUGUUAAGCAGCAACGGAAAAUCAAGGGUACAGAAGUUGUUUCUUGGAACAAGGGAGUAAUUGGUGUGGGCCAAAAACCGGUUGUUAUUAGCGGGCCUUCUGGUGUUGGUAAAGGGACAUUGAUUGCAAAGUUGAUGAAAGAUUAUCCAUCAAAGUUUGGAUUCUCUGUUAGCCACACCACAAGGUCUCCAAGGGAGAAAGAAAUAGAUGGGAUUCACUACCACUUUACAGAACGGAGCAAAAUAGACAAGGAUAUAAGUGAGGGCAAAUUUCUGGAGUUUGCUCAUGUUCAUGGAAAUGUUUAUGGCACAAGUAUUGAAGCAGUUGAAUCUGUUACUGAUGAGGGGAAGAGGUGUAUUCUCGACAUUGAUGUCCAAGGAGCUCGAUCUGUGAGGGCUUCUUCUCUUGAAGCGAUAUUCAUCUUUGUAUGCCCUCCAUCGUUCGAGGAACUAGAGAAGCGCCUUCGGGCACGGGGUACCGAAACAGAGGAGCAGAUCCAGAAACGACUCAGAAAUGCUCGAGCUGAACUUGAUCAGUCCAAUUCACCAGGUCUCUUCGAUCAUCUUUUGGUAAAUGAUGACCUUGAAACUUGCUAUGAGAAUUUGAAGAAGUUGCUUUCUUUGGAUGAUGAUCAGGAAGAUACAGAUCUUUUUAUCGAGGAUGGCAAACAAACCACAAGUUACUCUAUUGUGUCCAAAAAUGACUCAGAAAUCAUGCUUCAAUCUGAAAUUAAUGAUUCUGAAAAUGGAGCUACAAGCUUGCUGGCGCUUGAUUUGUCUGCUCUCUCGAGCGGUGCACCAGGACGAACAAGGGGCCUUAAGAUACGCCCAGUUAACUCCUUGACAACAGCUUAUUUGGGUGUUUUAGAUGACCCAAAGCAUUCUUCCAAAUGAUACUGCAGAACUGCUGACAUGAAUUUUGGAUCAAUUCCCAUGGGAUGAUAGCUUCAGAAAACAUCUUAGUUAGGAAAAAGAAGGAAACAAGCAUGGAAUUUAUUUCCAUUUGUUAUUUGUUUGUGCCACAACUAAGUGAAAUCAUAGCGAGGGAUUGUACCUUAUUUUUGUGAGGGGAUUGUGUAAUUUUCUGCUGUUGAGAGAUAUCUGUUCGUCGGAUAAUGUGACAGGAGCCUAUCUCUAAUUGUUCCUGUGGUCUUAAUGACAUUGAGCUCAUUGCUGGAUUAUGUUGUGGUUC